CGCUACCAGCGCGCGCCUCGGGCCGCCCUUUGUUCCCCUCAAGCAGUUUAUCUCUGGCCGUCAGUAUAGGGGCAUACGCGAGGACACGGGCUCAUAAGUGAGCGCAGCGCGCACGGUAUAGGGCACUCGCACAGCGCCGCAAGCCACACAUCGCGGCAGGACGCCGGAUCUCUGCGGGCCCAGUGACGGUAAUCUGGUCACCACGCUUCGUCAGACAAUCCUCACCCCGACUUGAGACCAGGAGCUGACAGCGGCUGCCCAUCCAGGUCCAGCCGCUAACGGAAGCCAUGGCCGACUCUGCCCAGCUCCUGUUUUCCGUCAGCGUGGAGAGCUCGGAAAGCGCCGAGUUCGACAGCGUGGUGAUCAUCGGGACGGGCUUGGACGCCACGCACCUGCAGGGUGGCAUCCUCGAAAAGUACCGCGAGCCGCUCGUCGCGCACAGGCAGGUUGACCAAAAAGCUGAAGAAGAUGUGUUUGUUCUGAGCCUGCCGGAAAAGUAUCCCAUCAAACGCCUCGUCUUUUCUCCAACCGGGCCCCUGAACCGAGACUACGAUGACGUGCGCUGCUUCGCUGACGCUGCCUGCAAAGGCGUCAAGAGGGCCACGGCUGCGGGCAGCACCAGGCCUCUCGUGGUUCUUCCAGCCAAACACGGCAACUUCACCAGCUAUGACGUUGCCACGGUCCUCGGCACCCUGCACGGACUCUACGUGCCCUUGGAGAUCCGGGAGGAUGUUCCGAGCCGAAAGCAGAAAGUUACUCGGCUGGGCUUUGCCAACUUCCCGGCAACGGUGCCGAACCGCGACGAGGCCUUCGCGCUUGCGUUGGCCAUUGAGCGAGCCAGGAUCGUGUGCCGGGACAUCGGCGGCAGCGACCCCGAGCGUAUGGCGGCGCCUCGCGUGGCCGAGUACGUUCAGCACGUGUUCAAGAAUUCACCGGUCAACGUGGAGGUGAUCGCGGACGAUGCCCGCAUCCUCAAGGAGUACCCGUUGUUGGCCGCCGUCAACAGGGCAGCGCGAGGUGUUCCAAGGCAUCAAUGCAGGAUGAUUCACCUCACUUACACCCCCGAUGGGCCGAUCAAGAAAACGCUGUUCUUCGUCGGAAAGGGCGUGACGUACGACACUGGCGGCGCCGACGUCAAAGCCGGUGGCCACAUGGCCGGCAUGCAUCGCGACAAGUGCGGCGCCGCAGCCGUGGCCGGCUUCUUCAAGGUGCUGAGCGAGCUUCGUCCUAAAGGUGUCAAAGUGUACGGUGCUAUGGCAAUGGUCCGAAACAGCAUCGGUUCAGAGUGUUACGUGUCCGACGAGAUCAUAACAUCGCGUGCGGGAGUGCGCGUAAGGAUUGGGAACACCGACGCCGAAGGACGUAUGGCCAUGGCGGACGCUCUUUGCGAGUACAAGGACAAGGCACUCAAUGAAGUCAACCCACGCAUAUUCACCAUCGCUACCCUGACGGGACACGCAUGCGUGGCUGUUGGAGAUGGCUAUUCGAUAAUCAUCGACAACGGCCCAGCCCGCUCGAACGCCGUGAGCGCUACGGUACAAGCUGCUGGUGACGAGAUCGGAGACUUGUUCGAGGUGUCCACCGUUCGCCGCGAGGACUACAAUUUCGUGCGAGGCCCAUCCGAGUACGAGGACCUGAUCCAGUGUAACAACGAGCCGUCGUCGCGUACUCCGCGGGGUCACCAGAUGCCGGCAGCGUUCCUCAUCAAGGCAUCCGGUCUGGACAAGCACGGCCUGGAUUCCAAGCGACCGCUGUGCUACUCGCACAUCGACAUCGCUGCCAGCUCGGGACCGUUCCCGGGAGUGCCGACGGGGGCCCCCAUUGCUGCUCUGACUGUAGCUUUUCUGCUGGACUGAAGUCUGCGGGCCGCUUCCCUCGAGUGGCUCCCACCUAAUCAACCAUGGAGAUUGUUUACGCGUGCAGGCCAGAGGACGAAAUGAGAUUAUAUCUGUUUUCUUCUUCUCUCGUGACCAGUGAUUUUUUAAAAGCUUUACUCGCAUGCAAAUCUUUCAUCAAAUGAAUUUACUCGAGGCAGUUUUAUUGGUCGGAGGUGCUUUUACUCCAUAUUUCUGUUUGUAUUGGGGAAAUAAAAUAAAUAUUGCAACAGCGCUUGGCGCGAAA